UGUGUAUUAAUGGCCUCAUUUAACGUUCGAUCUCACGUCACAUUCGUCCAAAGGGCGUUGUCGUUAUAUCAAGACUCUCCAUUAUAUGCUGGAUUAUUUUCUGUCCUUUUUAAAUUUUUGGGGGUGUGCGCAAAAUUUUUUUUCUUAGAACGCCAAAAAUUUUUUAUAAUUCUACCUCAAUUUAAAAAAAUUUUAGAGAAAUUUUUUUAACCAAAAAAGAAAAAAUGCAACGGGAUUUUACUAAUGAAAAGAGAAAAUCAACAUUAUUUAAUAAUUCACCAACAACAAAAAGAGAAGCUUUUAAUAACAGAAAUAAUAAAUUUGUAACUGCCCAAAGAAGAUAUGACAACGUCAGAGUGAGGGAUUCUGAAAUGAAGAGUAGACUGUGCUGUGAAUGUGGACAACAAAUAUUUGGGGAGAAAAAAUAUCAGGAACAUAUAAUCGCCCAUGAAUGUACUUUUCUCGCAUACAACCUCUACUAUACAGAACAACAAACCAGCAAUAAAAAUGUUAAAUUAAAUAAUUUUGAAGAGUCUACAACAGCACAAACAGAAGUUAAAAAUAAAAAUUAUAAAAGAAAAAUUUCUGAAGAAAGUGGAGGAAGAAUUAGUGGAGGAGGAACAAGUGUUUACUCAAAAAUAGCCAAAAGGACCUAA